AACCAGUAGAACAGGACCUGAAGCCUCCACCCAGCAGAGAGUUUCUGCUCCUCAGCAGCUGAUCCAGUUCUGCUGGAAGCAGUUCUGCUCCCAGUGAUCAGAGAGCUGAGUGGCGUUCAGUUCCUCCCCCCCUCCCUCCCUCCUCCUGUGGGUGAGAGCUGCUGCUUCCUGGAGGUGUAGAGACGGUGAAGUGUUGUCAGAGAGUCAGGAGGUGAUCAGCUGCUGGGAGCUGAUGUCCUCCAGGGCUCUGAAAGGUUCUCCUAGUUGCUCCUGGUUGCUCUCUGACAGGAAGAUGAUGAAGAUGUUGGUGGUGUUUGGGAUCCUGCUGCACGCGCCCGCCCUGGUCUCAGCCUUACAGGCCAAAGUAGGAGACCCGUUUGUCCUGCUGCCCUGUCAAUUCGAUACCUUUGAAGUCACCAACCCCACAGUCCUCUGGACCUUCAGUUCCUCAACCGUCCACCGGCGUCAGCAAGGAGAAGAUCAACUACAGGAUCAGGACCCGCGGUACAGAGGCCGGACCUCCAUGAGGACGGAUGCUCUGGCAGAUAAAGAUCUGAGCCUAAAUCUGACCAAGCUGGUGCUGUCUGACUCUGGAAACUACUCCUGCAUCGUCAGAGACCACAGGGAGGAAAUCCACAGGGAAAGCGUGACCCUGCAGGUAGAAGGAGGUUUUCCAUCUUGGGCCACAGCUCUGCUGGUUGUUCUCGGUAUCCUGGUUCUCUGCAUCUCUGGAGGGGUUUUAUUUUGCUUCCGUCAGCAUUUUAUGUCAGAGUACCGGGUUCCAUUGGGUUAUAAUAAGAAGUUUGUCCUGCUGCCCUGCAAGACCACAGCUUGCCUGUCUGAAGAUGUUAGGGUGGAGUGGACAGAUGGAGGUGGCAGGAAGGUCCAUGUGUAUGAGAACGGUUCUGAUCUGACUGACGAACAGGACGGGCUCUAUAAAACCAGGACUGCCAUGGAAAAAAAGUUCAAAUCUGGAGACGUCAGUCUGACCCUGAAAUACCCCACAGAUGAAGAUAACAACAUCUACACCUGCAAGAUCUACAGUCAGGGAACAAUCCUGACACAGAAAACAGUCACCCUCUACAUCAAAGGAGCAAAGAAGGGGAAGUCAUCCAUUGUGUGAAAGCCCUCCGUCUGUGUAGAUGACCUUUGACCUCCUGGAUCUCAUCAUCUUCUCUUCAUGGACUCUGAAUAAACUCCUGCUGACCAUCAACCUGAGCCUACCUCCAUGUGGUUCCUGUCAGAGUGGAUCAGCUGAGCUGAUUUGGACCUCAUGGCAGCAGCUGGAUGGUUCUGCUAAAGUCCAAACCCAGCAGAACCAGGACUGAACACAGCUUUUAAUGCCGCUAUCGUCUGGACUUAAAGACUGAGAGGCGUGCUGACAGAGCGGCCAUCUUAGGUCAGACCCAAAUACGGUGACAGAGAAUACACGCCAACUGAUGGAAACAGUACUUUAUGAUUUCAGACACUCUGAAUUCUGUAAACUCUCAAAUACAUUCCAAGGGCCACGUCUUAUUGUUGAUUGGUAAUUUUCCUACAUUUAAUACAUAAUUUUUAUUUUCUAUUGACAGUUAGCUUAACUUCCAGAGCUUCCUCUCAGGAGACCAGCCUUUUAUUCUGUCUCUGGGUGCACAAAUAAAUGUUAAUUAGGAACCAUUGUGGAAUUACGUUUAUGACGGAUUAUCCCCACGUCACAGUUACUGUUUUUCUGGUGUCAAAGGUGCAGAUUAGCAGCAUGGAUGCGAUCAAAAUCGUUUUUGAUCAGGCAGAAAUUUGAUUCCAAUCAUCCAAAUAACUCGCUUAAUCUUACUUUGCCGAUCACACAGCUUCUAUCUAUCUAGAUAUAUUCCAUUUCACCAGACGGAUCAGGAAACACAACUGAGCAGAGACUUUCAGUCCCGCCUGUCUAACCCCCUGGUUUCUUCCAUCAUCAGAGCCGAUGCAUCUGUUCUAAAUUAAAGCAGAUCUUUUGAAUAUAGCUAACUAAUUGAUAGCUAUUUAUCGAAUGUGAGAGAGAUUUAUCAGCAACAGACACACAGAAGAACAAGAACAUGCUAGCAGCAGGCACGACGGAGAACAAAUGUCCUGAAUUUGCGACGUUAAUUUGCAGCAUUAAUGCAGCAGGAUGUUAAGUAGUUUGUUGCUGCCUGUACCCGUUGUAGCCAAGCUAAGGUCACCCGUUGCCCCCCGUCAGGUCUUCUCCAGCCCUUUGUCACUGAUCUGUCUAUAUCUGAUGGGAACUCUGUCAUCCUUACUAUUGUGGACCGCUUUUCCAAGAUGGUUCACUUAGUCCCAUUGCCCAAACUCCCCUCUGCCAAGGAGAUGGGCUCCAUCCUGGCUAAAGAGGUAUUUCGUCUCCAUGGUCUGCCCUCAGACAUUGUCUCUGACACGGGUCCCCAGUUUGAGGCCCACUACUGGCAGGAGUUCUGCGCUAUGCUGGGUUUCUCAGUCAGCCUCUCCUCUGGUUUCCACCCCCAAACCGAUGGCCAGACGGAGAGGCUCAACCAGGAGGUUGAAGCUAAACUUCGUCUCAUCCUCAAUUCCGACCCCACUAAGUGUGCUUCUAAUCUGCCCUGGGUGGAGCAUGCUAUAAACUCCACACCCUCCAGCUCCACCAGGCUCUCCACCUUCUACAUUGUGUAAGGGUUUCAGCCACCAGAGUUCUCCAUUGAGGAGAGGGAAUCCAGGGUCCCUUCUGCCCGUCUCUCUGCCCUAAGGUGCCAGCGUGCCUGGAGGAGGGCUAGGAGAGCCCUCCUCGUUUCCUCCCAGACCCAGGCCAAGGGAUGCCAAUCGCCGGCAGGUCCCAGCCCGGCAUUAUCAGCCAGGUGAUAAGGUCUGGCUCUCCAUAAAGGACCUUCCCUUUAAGGUGGAGAGCAGAAAGCUGGGACCCCGCUUUAUUGGACCUUUCCCUAUCUCCAAGGUGGUAAUCCUUUGGCGGUGCGUCUUCGCCUGACCCGUUCCAUGAAGGUCAACCCUACUUUUGAUGUCUCCAGAGUCAAGCCGGUCAAGACCUUGGAUCUGACCCGUUUCUGUCCUUGGACCUGCCUACCAGCCUGACCCAGUGAAUCCUUUUGUCAAUCUGACCCUGCCAGCUCGUGAGUACCGGAUUUCCCCCGUAACCCUUGUGAGUUCUCUGAGCCUCCCUGUUAACAGAUCUGGACCGGACCUGGACCCCCUCUCUUUAAAAACCCCUACCUGUGCUGCCGCCAAAAAUCUGUCUCUGUGUGUUUGGACCCCGGACCUCUCUGGAUAACGCCCCUGGAUAACCCUGAACGGAGUGCCUGCCUGCCUGUUGGCUGCACAAACAGUAACCCCCCACAGCCCUGGACCAAGUCAGCUCCUCAGACUCGGAAGGGUUUCUUUUUUAUUCUAUUUGUCAGGUUGGGUUUGAACUACUCCCUUUCCCACCCCCACCACCCGUCUUGCCCCCCCUCCGCUGGCUGCUGCCUUGGCCCACUGGACAACAUGCUGUAAUUUAUAAAUGUUUUCAGGUUGGGUCUGGAUUAGCCAGCAGGUGAGCCUGGAUCCAGAUCUGGUCCGCUAAGUAUGAGACUCAAAAUGAAACAAGUCAAAGAAGAACAAACAGAUGUUAUUUGGACAUAAAAUAUUUGUCUCAAUCCACAAACAGUCAACAAUAAACUAUUUUUCCAGA